AUGUCUUUCCUGAAGAAUAUCCUGGGUCAGAAACCGGCGCAAGAACCUCUUCCGUCAGUAGACUCUGAUUUCGCAGACUUUGCAGGUGCGCCGUCGCCGUCUCCAGUCUCUGUACCCUCCGCAAGCUCUCCUCUGCCCGCGCAGCCUACUGGCUUCCGAGGAGGCCCAGUCCCAUAUACGAAAUGGUAUCGGGUAUGGGAACGGACUCAGUUAUCGGACUUCAAGGGCGAACUAAUCCUUUUGCCGUUCCUCAUCCUUGCUGUUCUCGUCCAUCUCUGGGGCACAAGGACCAAUAGGAGGAAGUCGAAGCAGUGGAUGGCUGCUCAUGCGCCAGUGCUCAACUCUGAAUUUGCGCUGGUUGGAUAUGACAGCAAAUCCCCUCAAAUCGAGGGUAUUACGGCUGACAAUCUCCCUGCGGAACUGUUGAAAGAGAAGACGGCGCAAGAUUUUCAAUCAUAUGCUACAGGCAGGCAGAACGUUGCAUGGGUUGAUUUGCAGCUCCGGCUUUUCAGGUUAUCCAAUCCUCCCCUGAUGGGAGCAGAAUGGCUUGUGUCUCUCUUCUUCGAGAGCUAUCCAGCUCCAAGGCAGGUAACGGAGGCCGUCAUGUAUACAUUUGACGGUAGUGAGAAGAAAUUCGUCCUCCCAGGUGUUCCAGGGUCUAACGAAGGGGCUCCGAAGCCAGGGAAUUCGGCCUAUGAUGGCUUUGUCUUUGCUAUUGUCAACAAGACUGCCAUGCGACAUCUACGUGACGAACGCUACGACGUCUCUUUGACCUAUACCAAAGACCAUACAAAACUACCUGCCUGGGCAACCGUCAUGAGUGAAAGUGCAGAGGUCACAGAAACAAUGUUGACAAAGGAGCUUAUCGCAGCUAUCGAAACAGCUGGUGAAGCAUUGGAGUAUCUCAUUGUGACUGACCAGCCAACCGACAAGCCAACCAAGCUGGAGGAGGCUGUUCCAAGGAAGCGACUUUAUCUGUGUACGAAAGUGCCACCUGGUUCCGAUUAUUCCAGUACUCUUCCGCUCUUCCAGGCUUUCCUGCGUCUGCCCGAUCAUCUGGCCCAGAAUGCCCACUUCCGGCCUGAAAUCCUGAGGAAGUUGAAUCAAACCCGCGAAGCAGAAAUCAAGAAGCUAAAACGAGUUAGUGAUGAGGAGGGAGAGGAGGAGAGGAAACGUUUGGCAGAGAAGGUGAAGAAGGAAGAGCGGGAUCGGAAGAUGAGAGGCAUGACAGCGGAGGAACAGAGGAAAUUUCUCGAGAAGGAGAGCGAUCGAAAGCGGAAGAAAGACGAGAAGAGGAUGACCAGGAAAGGAUAG